CGCAGCGUUUGCCUCCGCGCCAUCUUGUCUCGCCUGGCGUCCCUCAAGCUGUUGGAAGCUGAAUCUUCAACUUCCUGAGGAGAACAUCUGGACAUAAAGAGCUCCUACCAGGUCUCUUUGCAACAAAAUAGAGUAGCUGCAAUCAACUGCAAUCCCGUCACAACAUCAUGAUGUUUCUUUUGGCCAAAAAUGCACUAAGUAGUCUCAAGAUUCGAAACAUUCAGCAAAUUAUGGCAAGACAGAGCCAUGUGAAACGCUCACUGGAUUUUCAUGACAAGUACGGCGAUGCUGUGCUAGCCAGUGGAACCACUUUCUGUGUUGUUGCAUGGGUGUUUUUAACCACACAGAUGGGAAUAGAAUGGAACCCAUCCCCUGUAGGCAGAGUUACACCCAUUGAGUGGAAUGAUGAGUAACCAUCUCAGUUACUGUAAUAACAGAAUUCUUUCAAAACCAAUUUGUCAUGUAAGCACUCUGUUGCUCAUUAAAAUAGAGAAUAAUUGAAGAAAUAAAAUACUUUCAAAAUCUUA